GCCUUUUCACUUUUUUUGCGCUUCUUUUCUUCUCUACUCUCACAACAACUCAUACCAGACCAUCAUGGCCGUACGCUUCCCUCGCCACCUCAAACCCAUCGAGCCCCAAGGCCCUGUUUUGCUCGAACAAGAACGCAAGGCUGCCUCGUUCGAUCCCAAGGCAUUAAUGACCACCUUGUAUGGUGAAGACUAUUUAAAGAAGCGAGACGCGAUCUUGAAGAUUCUUGAAAACGAUCCCGUCCUUGGUGACAAGAGCCAUCGUUACUAUACGGGUCGUGAAGUUCGUUUCAAAAAGGCAUUGGCAGCUGCUAAGCGAUUCGUCGAGUUGAUCAAGGAACAUAACUGGACAAAGGAAGAUUUCGGCAUUGCUGAUUUCUUGUUUGAUGAAUCGGGUCCUCUCCGUCUUCACCGAAGCAUGUUCAUGCCUACACUCGAGAACCAAGCUACUGAGGAACAGCAAAAAAUAUAUUUGGAAGCUGCUAGACGAUAUGAAAUCAUUGGUUGUUAUGCACAAACUGAGCUUGGACACGGCUCCAAUGUUCGCGGCUUGGAGACAACAGCUACCUAUGAUCCUACUACACAGGAGUUUGUCAUCCACUCGCCUACCUUGACUUCGUCCAAGUGGUGGAUUGGUGGUUUGGGUGUUGCUGCUAACCACGCUAUGGUCAUGGCUCGAUUGAUUAGCAACGGCAAGGACUAUGGACCACAUCCUUUCAUCGUUCAGAUUCGCGACCUCAAGACGCACGAGCCACUUCCUGGCGUCACUGUGGGCGAUAUUGGUCCCAAGUUUGGCUUCAACACAGUGGAUAAUGGUUUCAUCCUGUUCGACAACAUCCGUGUGCCCCACAUUGCCAUGAUGGCUCGUUACUCAAAGAUUGACAAGGCCACGGGUGAUUAUAUCAAACCACCCAACAGCAAACUGGCCUAUGGCACGAUGGUGUUCGUCCGCGCCAACAUUGUUUUGGAAUCACGCUACGUUCUUGCCCGAGCUGCCACUGUUGCUAUCCGCUACUCUGCCGUCCGAUCCCAGUUUGUGGAUGAUGCCAGCCCCAAGAAGAUCCAGAAUGCAGACGGCUCUUCCAAGAUUGUGGAGACACCCGUAUUGGAUUAUGUGAUGCAACAAUAUCGCUUGUUCCCCGUCAUUGCCCAAGCUUACGCCUGUCACUUUACGGCACUUGAAAUGCAUCGCAUGUACCACGAGAACCAAGCCAAGAUGGCCCAGGGCGACUUUUCGUACUUGGCUGAUCUUCACGCCUCCUCUUCUGGAUUGAAGAGUUUGACCACCACCCUGGGUUCUGCUGGUGUGGAAGACUGCCGUCGUGCUUGCGGUGGUCAUGGUUACUCGCUUUUCUCUGGUCUGGGUCAAUUCUAUCAGGACAAUUUGCCCAAGGUUACUUGGGAAGGUGACAACUACAUCCUGACUCAGCAAACCACGCGUUACUUGCUAAAGACAUUCCGAACCGUGGCUGCCGGCCGUGUUGCUGAAAAGGAUGCCAACUUUUCUGCCAGCUACAUGAUGGAAUACUUGUCCAACCCCAAGGCGCUCUGCCCAAUCACCCAAGCAUCCGACUUGUCCAACCCCGAAAUACUGCUGGCUGCAUUCAAGCACCGUGCUGCCUUUUUGGUCGCUAAGGCUGUGCACAACAUUGACGUGGAGCAAAAGACAUGGAACGACAUGUUGGUGGACGUUUACCGUAUCUCUCGUGCACACUGCCAAUUGAUGAUGGUGUCCAACUUUGUCAAAGCUGUCUUUGGUCCCAGUGCUCAACAAUCCAAUGAGACCCGUGUCUUGCAAAAGGUGGCCGUCUUGUUCGGUGUGUCCACACUGGAGCAGGAAAUGGCCGACUUUUUGACAUCUGGCUACAUUUCGCCCGAACAGUCUUUGCUGGUCAAGGAACGUUCGAUCCAAUUGCUCAAGGAGAUCCGCCCUGAAGUGGUUUCCCUGGUGGAUGCCUUUGGCUUCCCAGACUACUUGUUGCAAUCCUCUUUGGGUGCUCAAGACGGUAAUGCCUAUGUCAGAAUGACGCGUGCUGCCGAACUGGAGCCACUCAACCAAUCAAAGGUUGCUGAUGGUUAUGAAGAAUAUAUCAAGCCAUUCGUACACGGUGGACAGCAAAAGUGGAAGAUUGGCAAGGACGGUAUUGCCCGUUUGUAAAUUAUUAAUCAACUAGUUGUAGUAGUUAACUAUGCUAUCAUUUAUACACCAUCCCAUCUUUAUGUAUUUCUUUUCUUCAAGUAUUCUCGCUUUUCUUUAGAUUUUUUUACCAUCCUCGCUCGCGUACCUUAUUUAUUCUUUCUUCCGUUCUUUGCAUUAGCAUUUCCUCCUUCUUUUGCCUUUUUUUUCCUACCAAAAUUACAUCAGUACGGUAAAACAGCCAAAUAAAACAGUAUGUAUUCCUGAGUAUAGCAUUAGCUGUUGCAUGAUCUUUUUCAGCAACCAGAAAACUUCCUACUGCUUAUUUUAAUCAGGGAAAAGUUUUUAGCCGGACAUUUGGGGGAUGACCGAGCCGCUAUACACAUGUCCACAGGGCUGUCUGGUAAGUGGG